CUGCACUGCAUCCACUGACACACCCAAAAGAGGUGGAAAGGAGAUGAGGAGAUCAGCUUUGAGACAAUUCUUGGAUUGCAUGGCAUGCGAUCCGCUGGUUCGGCGAGGUAACGCCGCCAGCGGCGGGGUCAACGACGGCGACGGUGACGUGCUGGAGCCGGAGAAGAAGGGACCUCAGGGAUGGAAGUGCAUGCCGUGCAUCAUAGGGAACGAGACGUUCGAGAAGGUGGCGUCGUUCGGUGUCUCGGCCAACUUCACGGUUUACUUGGUGAAGCGCUUCCACAUGAAGCAGGUGGUGGCGGUCAACACGAUCAACAUCUUCAUCGGCACCACCAACUUCUCGCCGCUGCUGGGCGCCUUCGUCUCCGACGCCUACUGCGGCCGCUUCCGCACCAUCGCCUACGCCUCCGUCGUCUCCUUCCUGGGCAUGCUGCUCCUCACCCUCACCGCAGCAGUUCCCCAGCUCCGGCCGCCCAGCUGCAGCAUGGCCGAACAGCAAGCAGGGCAAUGCACGGGCCCGUCCGGACUCCAACUGGCCGUCCUCUGGCUCUCCCUCGUCCUCCUCGUCAUCGGCUCCGGCGGCAUCCGCCCCUGCAACCUCCCUUUCGGCGUCGACCAGUUCGACCCCACCACCGAGCGCGGGCGGCGCGGCCUGAACAGCUUCUUCAACUGGUACUACGCCACCUCCACUGCAGCCGUUGUGCUGGCGUUGACGGCGGUGGUCUACGUGCAAGACAGCAUCAGCUGGCCCAUUGGGUUCGGCAUCCCCACCGCGCUGAUGCUCCUCUCGAUCGUCGUCUUCUUCGCGGGAGUCAGGCUCUACGUGUUCGUGCCGCCGGAAGGCAGCGUCUUCUCAGGCAUCGUGCAGGUCUUCGUGGCGGCGUUCAGGAAGCGGAGGCUCCGGCUGCCGGCGCCAGACGAUGCGGUGGAGCAGGAAUCGUCUUUGUACAACACUCUAGCUAGGGAGACCGAGCGGAUCACGAAGCUUCCUCUCACACUUCAGUUCAGGUUCCUGAACAAAGCUGCUAUCAUAUGCGAGGGAGAAACGAAGGAAGACGGGUUCCCCGUGAAUCCCUGGAGACUCUGCAGCGUGCAGCAGAUCGAGGAGGUGAAGUGCCUGAUACGGAUCGUGCCCAUUUGGGCGUCCGGCAUCAUCUGCUUCGUCGCACUAAUCCAGCAGUGGAGCUUAACGGUGCUCCAGGCCUUGAAGAUGGACCGCCACCUCGGCCGCAGCUUCCAGAUCCCCCCCGGUUCCCUGGCCACCAUCGCCAUGGUGGCCCUCACCUUGUUCAUCCCCGUCUACGACCGCGUGCUCGUCCCCGUGGCCCGAAGGAUCACCGGCAACGAGAGCGGCAUCACCAUCCUCCAACGUCAAGGCGCGGGGAUGGUCAUCGCCGUCGCGUCCAUGGUGGUGGCCGGGCUGGUGGAACAUAAGCGGAGGAACUCAGCCCUGGCCCACGGCGGCGCCAACGGGACCUCGCCCCUCUCCGUGCUGUGGCUCGCGCCGCAGCUCUGCCUGGUGGGCGUCGCCGAGGCCUUCAACGCGGUGGGGCAGAUCGAGUUCUACAACCGGCAGUUCCCGGAGCACAUGCAGACGUUGGCCGGCUCGCUGUUCUACUGCUCCAUCUCCGGCGCGAGCUACCUGAGCGCGCUGCUCGUCGCCCUAGUCCGGAGGAGAACCGGCGGCGAAGGUCGAACGGGUUGGCUGGACGACAACAUCAACGUCGGCAGGGUGGACUACUUCUACUACAUGGUAGCCUUGUUGGGCGUCGCCAACCUGCUCUAUUUCCUGGUCUGUGCUCAUUUCUACAGAUACAAGGGAACUCCAGAGACGGAAGGAAGAAGAAGCAAAGAUGUGGGAGGCACGGAGAAGCUUGAAAAUUGAGACCUAAUCUAAAUUAUGCAGUGCCAAACAAGGAUUUGAUGCUGUAAAGAUCCGUGCAUCGCCAAGGAGUUGUAAUCUAAUGCCUUAUGGUAGGUAGCCUACAACAACAGUUUGAUGUCUGAACCAGCAGUAAAACUUAUAUGCUUUGUACCAAACCAGUUAAAUUGGUGGUGUGUGUCCCAAUCACUCUCACAUAGUUUGAUUCGUCCAAGUGACACAUCCAAAAACAAUGGUACAAUCUUUUUUUUAUCA